CAAACACAAAUUUCCAUCCACACUUAGUACAUCAUCGAAAAUUCCUUGACCUUGAAUUGAAAAGUCAAACCCUGUCGAAACUCUGCAAGCCGCUCAGGAUGCCUGAAAUCCAAGAUGACAAAGGCCAAUACGUGAUCCCGUUCAUCCUCUCCCUGCUCUCCAAGCAUCAAUCCAAGCACUCCAGCAACCCGAACCCGCCUCCCUUCUUCAUCGGCCUCAAUGGCGUCCAGGGCGCCGGCAAAUCCGUGCUGGUCGACAUUCUGAAGAAAACGCUCUCCUCGUCACCACACAAUCUCCCGACGGUCGUUUUCUCCCUGGACGACCUGUACCUCACGCACGCAGACCAAGUCGCCCUGGCCCAAUCGCACCCGGACAACCCACUCGUCCAACACCGAGGCCAGCCCUCGACGCACGACAUCCCCCUUGCACUGUCCGUCUUCGCGAGUCUGAAGGCCAACAACCCCACCAAAAUCCCCCAGUACAACAAAGCCGCCUUCUCGGGCCAAGGCGACCGUGUCCCCGAGAGCGAGUGGGAGCAAGUCAACACCGACCCUUCCAACCCAGUCCGCGCGGUCCUGUUCGAAGGCUGGUCCGUCGGUUUCCGCCCUCUUGAUCCCAAAACACUCCAAUCCAAACACUCAUCUGCCGUCUCUGCGCUGCAGAAUUCCACCCCAUCGAAUCCUUACCGGGGCCGUUUAGGCCACAACACCCUGGAAAGCGUCACCGCCAUCAACGACGCCCUCAAGUCCUACGACGAACUGACCUCGCAACUCGAUGCGUUUGUGCACAUCGACGCCGCGGACCCGCUGUACGUGUACAAAUGGCGGCUCGAGCAGGAAGCCAACCUGCGCGCCACCAAGGGCAGUGGCAUGACGGACGAGCAGGUCAAGCACUUCGUCGACGGAUAUUACCCGGCCUACGAGCUGUACACCGACACGGUGCGGGCGGGCGUGUUCAAGGACACCACGCCAGACUGGCAGGGCAGGCAGCUACGACUAAUUGUUGGCGAGGAUCGGAAGGUCAAGGAAGUAGUGACAAUCUAAAGGGGAAAGCCAUGGAGGGGCUAGUACCUAGGUAAUAAAGUGCCGAUCAGUGUCGGCCAUGUCCUCUCUCUUUUCUCUUACCGUGACAGGCAUUCGGCUUGAGGAUGAUCUCAGAUCCCAGCCAGCCAUUGCGAAGGAGUGUGUCAGCCUUCAAGGCUUGAAUCAAGAUGACGAUGCCUGUUUGCGAGUUGUCCUUUUUGGCGUUUUGGCGUUCCCGUCCAUGUCGAUCAAGUGUCGUUUGCGAACUCCCCUUGACUGAAAAGCGUAGCUGGUCUCUGUCGGCUUCCAGGGAAAAAGCCGUGCUUUAGGCGGGCUUUCAAAGGCAUGGGGGGAAAAAGGAAUUUUGAACUUCGGACUGUUGGCACAAGUCACUCCAAGUCAAUUUUUCCCUGGGAUCUACACAGUAUACCAGUACAGUUUACACCCAGCAAGGAUUGUACGGAU